AUGGCACCAGAACAGUCUCAAUCACAAACUACUGCACCUGCUACUGCUUCUGAUAAUAUUGGCACUAGUUUCACAAUAGAUGCUUCCCAUCCUUUAUAUGUGCACCCUUCAGACAAUUCGGGUAUUAUGUUGGUGCCAACUCCUUUCUCUGGGUUUGGUUAUAACUCCUGGAAAAGGAAUGUGCUUAUUGCUUUGUCUGCUAAGAAUAAAGCGGGUCUAGUUAAUGGUAGAAUAUCCAAGCCUAGUGAAGACGCCCAUUUAUAUGAUUACUGGGUAAGAAGCAAUGAUAUGGUGUUUGCCUGGUUGAGUAAUUCUUUGUCCAAAGAUAUUGCUGAGAGUGUUCUUCAUUGUGAGACUGCAAGAGACAUUUGGAAAGACAUAGAAGAGAGGUAUGGUCAGUCCAAUGAUAGUUGGUAUUACCAAAUCCAAAGGGAAAUUACUAAAGUCUCCCAAGGUGAUUCAGUUAUUGCUAGUCACUUUACCAGGCUUAGGAGACUUUGGGAUGAACUUAGGACUGCCUCUUUUGGCCCAGAAUGCACUUGUGGGGCAGAACCACAAUGUAGUGAGGGACAAAAACUUAUCAAGUUCCUCACUGGGCUUAACGACUCCUAUUCAAAUGUGAGGAGCAAUAUCCUCAUGAUCAAUCCUGUCCCGACCUUAGGGAAGGCAUAUUCAAUGCUCCUUCAUGAUGAGAAACAAAGGGAAAUACAGUCACCAACACCUCCUUUCCUUUCAGAUUCAACUUCCUUAAUUGCCAAAGUUAGUCCUAGUACAUAUGGUUCAACCUCUGGGAAGGCUGUCCUUAAUUCUUAUGCUCCAACUUCUGGGAAGCCUGGUCCUAGCUCUUAUGUUUCUAAUUCUGGGGGUGUUUCUGGUACAUAUGCCUCAACUUCUGGGACUAAGUCUUACAGUCAAAGGGUUAAUUUUGAUCAUAGAAAGCCAGAGCUAGUGUGCAAGUACUGCAAGAGGCCUAGUCAUUCAGUAGACAAAUGCUAUAGGUUACAUGGGUUCCCUGCUGACUUCAAGUUCACAAAGAACAAGAAGAGUGCAGCUUGUGUUCAAGUCAAUGAUGGUCAGCUAACACCCAACUUCAUCUGA